UGCCAUGAGCUACUAUGGCGAGCGAUAUCAGCAAGCGUCCAAAUCAAAUCAAGCCAGGGAAUUGAGUGAAAUAUGAAAAUGCGGCUAUGAGAAAGCCAACACAGAACAAAAAACCGCGAGCGGCAAAUUUCGAGAGCAACCCAAACGGAUUAAAUCCGCCGGACAAUUGUGGCAAAUUAGAUGAGAUGAGCAGAGUGGUGCAGAGUCUAACCGAGUGGAUCAGUCACCAAACGAGAUUCGCACAGCAACGCCACCAGCAGCAGCAAAGCGUCCGCGAUCUCCGCCAGCAAUAUAUCCAUUUUCCGGAGAGUCAUGCAGGUCAAGUGCCUGAUCAUCUGCCUCGCUUUGGGGCUGCUCAUGCUGGCCACGCCCAUUUGCGAAGCGCGCCGAGGGCGUGGCCGUGGACGAACCAAGUCCAGGGUGCAGAUCGGUCUGCCAAUUACGGGAAAAUAUCGCGAUCCGGAGUCUGAUCAGUACUAUAACAACAAUAAUGGAGCCAAAAUCCUGCAAGCCUCACACUUUGACCUCGAGUACGUUCUGGGCCACAAGAUUGCCUUUCUGUGCGUGGCGAAGGGCAAUCCCCGACCUCAUAUCACCUGGUACAAGGACGGAGCGGAGAUCUAUCAGCACCUCUACAUGCAUGUCCACGAAUGGCGCAUCGGCGACGACAAGGUCAAGUCGAAGAUCGAGAUUGACCCUGCUACCCAGAUGGACGCCGGACUCUACGAGUGCACUGCCGACAACAUGUACUCUAUCGAUCGGCGCAGUUUCAAGACAGAUUUCUCCAUUGCCUUCGACUGAUUGUGUUUUCCAGUGUAUGGUUCAAAAGAUUAAUUUCUCUUGGCAAAAGAUUUUUAUAAAUCAUUUUGUAGAAUAUGCAAACUACUUGCAAAUAAAAUGUUGGGCCAAACUAA